AUGAUUGUCACAGUCAAAUCGCGUUCUAAGUCGCUUAAGGAUACGGAGCUCCCUUCCGAUGUCACUAGCAUCCCCAUUGCCCUUGAUAUUAUCUCAAAGGCAAACAAAAAUAUCAACCCCAAUCGAAUCAAGUUAACCUAUUUGAAAGAGAACAAGCAAAUUCCAAUCACCUCGGAUAAUUUUCUUAAGGAAUUGAGUAAUGAAGAACUAUACGUGAAGGAUAUCGGUCCUCAAAUUUCGUGGAGACUUGUGUUUUGCGUUGAAUAUCUUGGCCCCAUGCUGGUGCAUUCGUUUGUGUACUGGCUAUCCAAGCAAGAAUCUCUAAUGAAAUAUCACAGCAGCAACACACGUUACAAUCCUCUUUUGAAUAAACUGGCUUACACUCUGAUCAUGGGGCAUUUUGCCAAGAGAGAAUUGGAAUCGAUUUUUCUUCACAAAUUUUCUCAGUCUACUAUGCCUUUGUUCAACUUGUUCAAAAAUUCAUUCCACUACUGGGUAUUGAGUGGUGCAAUCAGUAUUGGCUAUUUCGGCUAUGGUUUCCUCAUUAGCGACGCGCAACUGUUUAAGUUGUACAGUUACGUGAAGUUAAACAACCUUAACUUGCUCCUCGGUCUUUUCGUCAUGUGCGAAUUCUGGAAUUUCUACGUCCACUACAAACUACGCAGAUGGGGUGAUGCUCAGAAGGCGAAGGGUAUUACCAAGCGUGUUCCAUUGGAAGAUGGCCUCUUUAAAGUGUUCGUUGCUCCAAAUUACACUUUCGAAAUUUUUUCUUGGACCUGGUUUACCUUGAUCUUCAAAUUGAACAUUUUUGCUGUGAUCUUUUUGGUUGUAUCUACUGUCACUUUACGUGCUUGGUCUGCCAAGAAGAACAAGAGAUACGGAACGAAGAGAGCAUUUUUGAUCCCCUUUGUUUUCUGA